AUGGCAUCUGAUAAUUCAACAUCUUCUUUUCCAAUUAUUGUUUUUAUUAAUGAUUCAUCACCACCAGCUACGAUAACAUUCAAUAAUGAACAAUUAAAGUCAACAUUUAAAUUUGCAAUUUUGGAUGAUAUUGAUCGAAAAAAGGAUCUGAAUUUUCGUUCAAUAUCAAUUAUAGAUGAUCCUGCUCUUCGUGAAAUUUGUACUUAA